UCCUGUGGUCAGGGCGCGAGGGAUGGGCUGCAUCCAACACUAUCCUCCAUCUCCAUCGUAGACGAGAAGCACUUCAGUGACUUUCAAAGUUUGUUAAACUAACGGAGUGGGAUUUGUUCUCCUCGGAAAAUUUAGCGUUGGAGUUAAACAACGAGCGAUUCUUCGUCGGCAGGAAGUGCUGAAGUUUCAGAACUUUUUGUAUUAAUGUACAGAAGUUUGAUGGAAAAAUGAAGUGGAUUUUAGGAAAGCGUCAUUAUCGUCUUAUACGCAGGGAACCUUUCAAAUCUAAAAGAAGUCAGGAUCUGAGUGUAACGUAAAUCGCAAGGCGGAAAGCAAGAGGUAUGAGAAAGGUGCGAGAGAGUUGCAUUCUUCACACGCCGUCGAAGGACAGAAACGAUGCGUCGGUUUAACGCCAUCCAACAAGCAGCAAGCUGCCUGUCCUGGCGUCAUUAAAGAAAGAUAAAUAGGAGAAAAAUCCAGUGCCUUUUUUUCCUGACUACCAUUCCUAGCCCUGCCAAACGAUAUCAGGGUGUUGACCCGCCGUCUGUGUUGACCCGUCGUCUGUGUGUUGAUCCGUCGCCUGUGUGUUGAUCCGUCGCCUGGGUGUUGUGGAAACUAGCAGUGUUUUUGCUUUUUCAUCGGAGAAACACAAGUACCUGAUCCGUAGUGUGUGAUACUGUUUAUGUGUUGUGAACUGGGACCUAAAACCUCAUGUUUUAAUCUAUCAGUGACUAUCAGCUCUCUGGUAAACUGCUCCUCCUAGCGCCUGUUCUUAUCCAAGUCUGCCCCUACCCACGUCUGCCCUCAUCCACGUCUGCCCCUACCCACGUCUGCCCCCACCAACCACUGACCAGACAACCAUGGGGUGUGGUGAAAGCAAAGACCUCAAACCCAUCACAGUGACGGACGCCCAGAAGAAGCUGGAGUCUUCUCUUGAAGGUCUUGCAGUAGUAAGAAUCACUUCAGCCUCUAAUUCCAUCUCCUCCUCUGGGAAUGGGUCCUCCGUGCCUCACACCCCCGAGGACAAGAUACUACCACGCCAGGACUCCAAGGUCAGCCUCGAGGACCUUCCGACCACCCUCGAGAGUAUUCCUGACAACGACCUUGGGGAGUCCCUGGACUGCAGAAGAAGCCUGGCGCCAUGGUUCAAGCAGCCAGGAGCACCUCCCUCCUCUGUUACCUCCACCUCCGCCAGGAGCGUCGAUUCCAGCGACUCUGGUAUCUGUGACCUCGACGAUGACUACUCUUUCGUCAUCACCGAAAACUCACCUCCGGAGCUCAUCAAGAGGGUCGAGGCUGACUUCACACCCAUCGAGAACCUUGACCUGACCAUCACUGGGAAGCAGUGUCCUCGACUUCUGAGUGGGUACCAGAAGGCACGACAGGAGGAGCAGUCUAUCCUGGAGUCACUGCGGGAGGAGGGUUUCAUUACCACUUCCAGGCAGAAGGCGGGUAGAGGGGUGGCCUACGAGAUUAUCGAAGCCACCCCACAGACAGAGUCUGCCGGCAGCAGUAAACUCAAUCCUAAGGACUUCCUUCCCGAGGAGACGAAACAGCAUCUGGAGUCACAGAGGAACAAGUUCAGCCUGCGGGACCUGACUCACCACGACGUCUCCAGGAGGAUGCAUCAGGCCAACGAAAGGCGACAGGCGGAGCUGGAGUCGCUGAAGGAGAAGAUGGCGUCCCUCUACAGGAAGGAGGACGUGGGGGAGAAGCGACGUCAGGAACUCGAAAGGAAGAUGACACAACAGAACGACUCAGCACUGGAGAAAAGGGAGGCGCACUUGAGGGAGCUCCGGGACAAGCUGCAGGCCAAGAAUAAGAAAGCUCAACACGUUAAGCUCAAGAAACUCAUCAACGGCCCACCAGUUCCCGUGCCUAUUUUACCAGCUGCUCGAAUCUCUCUUGGUAAAGGCUCACAUGAUGAUUUCUUUGACUAGUCUCAGAACUGUAGGAGGAGCCUCCCUGGGCAGGAAAAGUUUGUUAAUACACAUUUUAAAUUUCUGGAGACUCAUGACUGAAAUAACGAGGUCAACACUGCCUUCUUUUCUUAAGAAUCUGUGUGACUGCGAAACAAGGAAGAGCUUUUUUCCUUCUAAACAGAGAGCGUGAAUCAGUCUGGAAACUUAUCAAACCCAGCACCUUGAGUAGACCGGCUACUUAUAGACUACCCGGAGAGUCCUUAUUACUUAUGUAUGGGGCUACUCGCAUGUUCGCCUGUGACAAGUGAGACUUGCAGAGCAACCAGGGAUGGUGUCUAUAAAAAUGUUCGCAAUCCUCAGGUUAUAUUGCAAGUUACUGAGAGACUAAAUACCCAGAAAAUGUUCAGGAAAAGAACCCACGUAUUUAGUUAAACUUAGCACCUUCUUAAACAUCAAUAUUUUGAGGCGAAUAUAAAUUUUAACGCUAUAUAUGGUUCUGGAAGUAAUAAUAAUGGAGUAUAUACACUGAAAAGUAUACAUCUCUUAUGUAUAUACUAUACUGAAAGUUUUAAGACCAUAUCGGUAAUUAAAGUAUGCGUGAUGUUUCUUGGUGGACUCGGCCCUUAAUAUUACUCGUGUAGUCGAUGAGUCUAAAAACUAACAAACAAACAUGGGACUAUUUGUAAUGGCACAAAGAAUAGACAUAAAUAUGAAUUAUAAAAAUUUGUAAGUUAUAUACAUGUAAAUAUACUGUAAAACUAUCUACAACAGAUACUGUAGACCUUCCCACUACAUCCAAAGAUAAAGUAUACUUUACAGAGGACGUAAAGAUACUUUAGACCUUCCUAUAAUAUGAUGGAACUCAGUUUCCCAAAAGUCUACAUGAUCAUUUAUAUUUUUAUGACUACGUGUUAAGUAUAUUCACAUAUGAGAAGAUUCCACUGACAUUGCUGAGAAAUCUGUUCAGAAAUGAAUGUGAACAGAAACAAGUUAAAUCUUCUGUCUCUGUAAACCGGAAUGUUAAAAUGUUCAUGCUGUUUCAACAGCAUGAAAAAAAAAAGAAAGAAGCCUGAAGUCAGGUUAAACAACAAAUAUCCUGAAUAUUAUAAGGUUUGUGCCUGUUUUUCCAUAAUGAAGGUUAGGCUUUGAAAAUUAUCUAAUGUUUCAUAAAUUUACCCUCGCUUAUACUCUGUCACAGUAAAUAUAUUUCUUAUUGAACUGUCUAAAUAUGUCUAUGUCAGAAACAUCAUUGUAACCUGUGUUGUCAUGGUUACAUAAUUUAUAUAAAAAAAUCCAAACAAACCAUCGUAUGUUUAUAUUUUUCUGUUGGUGCAUUUUUAAAGCCUUCAAACACCUGUCAUUCUCUGGUUUCAUUAAUACUUGUCAUCUACUGAUCUCAUCAACAUAUGUCAUUCACUGGCUUGAACAACACUUGUCGUUCAGUGAUCUCAUCAUUUUUAAAUACCUUUCAUCCACUAGGUUCAUAAUCGCGUCAGUAACACCACUGGCUCCAUGAAUACAUGUCAUACCUCGUCAACAUGCAUUUUCCUCUGACCUUAUCACCACGUUUAAAUAUCUGUGGUUCACCUACUUCGUUAACACCCGUCAUCCACUGGCUCCAUCGUCUCGUGUCAUCCCAUGGUUUCAAUACCUCCAUCCACUAGCCUUAACAUCUCUGAUCUGCUUUCCACAUUAACUUUUUCAAGAAUCUGAAGAUUUUGAAGUAUGUGAAACACAUCUUGUAAACACUUACAAGUAAAUUUACUGAUUCAUACAAAGUAGUACGGUAAUGAUGGAAUAUACACUUCAGAGAACACUAACAAUGAGAAGGUUAUUAGUUUGCUGCAAGGAAAUCACUUGACACUGGCCCAUGUCGUAAUAUGACCUGCGUCAAAGAACACGUGAAGGUAGGAUAGCCAAUGGCAUUACAGUGAGCCACGGCAGCUGCGACCACUGGCAUACCUGGACUCAAUGUCCUGAGCGAACAAUUACAAGCAUCGUGUGAUCGUCUAAUAGGUUAAGCGAGGUGUUUAAACAUGAAGACUGUCACCAGAAGAACAAAUAAACAAAACAAAACAAAAAGAAAACAGUUGACAUAGUGACUUGGACGACAAGCUGAUAAUUGGGUGUAAAGACAACUAAUACCAAGCAUGUCUUUCAUACGAAAUUUCGCUUUACAUUGAGCUUAUAAAGUCUGAUUAAGCUCACUCUUGAGUGAAGUGCCUAGAAUAAAGACUUGCUCUGCGUUACGUUACUUUAUACCCACAAGUAGACAUAUCGCAAUGAUCUACACACUCCUUAAAAGGAGAACUUCAAAAAAAUGGCUAGGUAAGAGCCGAUAAUUUAACUGAAGGCCAAAACUGAUAAAACUGUGUAUCACAAAAUGUAAAUUUGCAUUUCAUGUUAAACAUUGUUUGCAGUAAUUGGAAAGUUUCUGGAGAAAUUUUUGUGACCAGUACAAAGAAAUCUUUUACAUACAAUUUUAAUUUUACUAGCCUUUUUAAAGGUAUUCUCUUUUCUAAUGUUAAAUGAGUGAAACGGGUUGUUGAUAAACUAUACAUGUGAUUUUUUAAUGGAAGAUUUGAGUUUUUUUUACUUAGUUUGUAUAUGUUAGACAGUCCCUUACAUUAAGCUGAAUACGAUUAAGUUUUUAGAUAUACUCUAUAUUGAAGGUUGAGACACUUAUGCAAUAUAUGGGAAUCUUUAGUCAGGAAAUGUUUCGCCACACAGUGGCUUCAUCAGUCCAAUACAAAGCAGAAAGGUGUAAGUAGAGGAGGAGUUCGAGGUAAUCAGUCCCUCAGCCAUUCAUCACAAUUGUCAGACACUGCAGCAUUAUGGGAUCUUGAUACAAAGAAUUCUUCAACACUUGUCCAAUCUCUGGACGAAGACCUACUUUGACUAGUGGAUGGUACCACUAUGACCCAGCCUCCUGCUUCGCCUCACCUGACUACAGUAUAUAAGCCACAUCUACGGCCCUAUGCUGCAUUUUCUACAAGAUUGAUGAACUGAACACAUCGACUCCAGGCUGAGGGACUGAUUACCUCGAACACCUCCUCUACUUACACCUUUCUGCUUUGUAUUGGACUGAUGAAGCCACUAUGUGGCGAAAUGUUUCCUGAAUAAAGAUUCCCAUAUGUUGCAUAAGUGUCUCAACCUUCAACUUGUCGGUUUUUCAAAUCAUUCAUCACAUACUCUAUAUUACAGUCGUUUUAAAUUAAAUUUUCACAUGAGCAUUUUUUCAUAAGUUUUAACAAAUAUUACAUUUUACGUUUUUAAGAUCCUUUAGGAUAUGCAACCUUGAGGUUUUAUGGUGAAGUUGGUAACAUUAAACUGCGUUCAUUUUACAGUAUUCAUGUGUUCAUUGACAUGGACUGUAGAUAAAGUCACGAAAAUUGUAUAGAUAAUAUUACAACUUAAUGCUACAUAAAACACAAAUAUGAAAAAGUGUUGCUAUAACUCUGCUGUGAUAUAACUAUGACCAUAAUUUUUAAAGGGGUAGACCGAUAAGCCAGCGGAAGGCCUCGGUCAGAUGACCAGAAUCUCCUACAGCGGGUCAUCAUCUGACUCAGACCCGCGUCAGGAAACACUUGUCCUGUUUCCUGACGAACCAAACGUAACCUAACCUCUCGUGCCACAAGCUCUCGCCAUUGUGAUAAUGUAGUUGAAGAAUGAAAAUAGUAAAGACAAUCCUGAGAAACAACUCUCCCAAAUUGUCAGUGAGGCGUUUAUUCAGCUUCUUGCAAAGAUUGUGAUUACCGUUUUUAUAGGACAAACUGGAAAAAAUUAUAUAGACAUAACUUAAAACUCAGAGAUAUGCUGUAACCUGUGACCACGAGUCCAGUGCUAGGUUCCCUCACCUCAGAAAUGCAGGCAAGGAUGCAGAUAGGAUAAAUUCCAAACAUGUUUUGUAACAAGUUAUGAUUCAACGUAUAAUUGUGGAAUCCACUUACUGACCACAAUAACUAACAUACUGUAAAUUUGACCUCAGCAGUGAAAAUUAACAUUUUCUAGACCAGUAUAUAGUUCAUGAUUUAAAGGAAGAUAAUCUUACUCCCAUUUGAAAAUAUUUUUUUCUUUACCAAAAUGAUGACACUUGAAUAUCCCAACAGUUCUGGAGGUUACUGGAGAUUUAUAACAUAACGUCCUAUGGCACACAACAACCUAUGUUUAGUGUGCUAUUAUUCUAUGAUACUUGACUUUUUGUUAUUUAAUAACACUAUUGCAGUUUUUUACUGAAUUCAUUCGUGUGGUUUAACUGGAUUAUUUCCAGACUGUUUCAGUAAAUUAUGUGAAAUCUUUUGCAUCCAAAUGUCUAUUAAUUGGUUUAUACUUCAGAAUUGUAUUUUCAAAAAUUUCUCAUUUGUUUGCUGUGGGAUAUACAAGCAGCUUUAGUAAAACUCGUGCUAUAUUUAGUUCCUAUUGUUCAUUAAUUAGUCUCUCUAGCUAAGUUUAUUGAACAGUGCAUGAACUACUCACUAAUUGGUUCAUUCCCAUUGACCCCGUAUUCAUGCAUGAAGGAACUAAUUACUAUACAGACGUAAAUGACGUUUUAGCUUGCAGUUAAGUUCUUUACUUCUUAAUCGUCUUAAUCAUUACUUCUGAGAAGUGUUCAGAUAGAAAAAACAUAUACCAGUCCCUGUUCAGUGGGUUUCAAGUGUGUAAGCACCUUAUACCGCGAUUUUAUGUGAGAAUUGGAUACGUCUAAUUUACACAGUCGAUGAGUCCAGUACGAGUAAGCCAGUGGUCGCUGCUGUAUGGUACUUAGACACUAAAGUUUAUCCUCGCCCCUCCAUAGUACCGACACUACUGAACGGGCCAUCUUACUACAAAGACGUGUAUCAGGUGAUUAUCCUUGACAAAUAAACUAAAAUCUUCUUUGGUCUCUUUUAAAAAUACAUACAUAGACACACGAAAGUGCUCAUGGUAUUUGACUAUGGUUGCAAGUAUAAUUGUAGUCACUCGUUUGUCUGUGAUUCCUUAUACACAUGUAUUAAUUAUACGAAAUUGCUAAAUUUUAUUCAGUACCCUCAAGUGUUCGACUCAUCUCAACAUCUGUCAACAUUUACUCAGUUUUUUAGAAGCUAGUCAUUUAUAAUCUUAAAUGACAGUCUAUUUGCUCCUUAGGUUUCGUUAUCUUGUUUCGUAAGCAACUUGUCGUUUUAGUUAAAACUUGCUUCUAAUGACUCUUCAGUCUCUUCUUUGAUUCUCUCUUUGUUUGUCCUCUUACAUCAUUUAUACAUUAUAAGAAUCCUUUCGCAUAGAAGAGUUGUAUGUGUUCAGUGUUAUCUUUAAAAUUUAAGGAGGAUAUCGAUCAAGAGAACAUCUAACACUAUGCAUGUAAAGCUAGA